GUUUGAGAUGAUUUAUCCAAACUGUGCCAUGGAAUACAACAAUGCUUUGGAAAAUCGGGUGGACGAUCAGGAUUCUCAUAUUGCUCAACUGGAGGAAGAGAAUUUACUCCUGAAGGAGAGGUUGUUCUUGAUGGAGAGGGAGUUGGGUGAUCUGACGAGGAGAUUGCAUAGUCUUGAAAGGCAAAACCGUGGUGGAGAUGACAUUGAGGAGUUAGUUGAGAAUGAGUCUGAAAAUGACAGCGACAGUCAUGGAGACACAAAUUCGAUCGAGGAUAACAACCUGGAACUGGUUAUGGAGAGCAUGGAAAGAGAUGAUGGGAGAGGAAAGUUAGAUACCAUUGAUAGAGAUAAUAGUAGGAGAGAGCAAAAUGAUGUGGUGAUGGAAACUGGAACUUUCAAUGACGAGGUCGCAGUUGGUAAUACUGAAGAAGCCAAAGAAUGCAUGGGUGAGAAGAUUGGCAAUGAUAUUUUAGGGAAAGAACAUGAUGAUUUGGAAGGAAAAGAUGGCCACACGGUGCACGGUAUUGAGCUGAAGGAAUAUGUGGUUUCAGAAGUGAAUCUACAUGAGAAGCAGCAGAUAGAAGAUGCUGAAGUUGUGAAAGAUAACUGUACUGGACUUAAGGCUGAAGAUGUUAAUAUGCCGGAAACUUGUCAAACAGAUGAUGGCAUAUUGCCGUUAAUGCACCAAAAGGAUGAGACUGAGGGAAACGAAUAAUCAGUGAAGAGCAUUCAUUGGCUGUGGUGACUGCUGCUCAGCUGUCCCACGUUAAUGUUUCUUCCCUGAAAAGUUCUCUCAACUGUAAUUGAUGAAACACCCACAAUUGAGCUUUCACAAAUUAUACCCUAGUACCUUGUCUAACUGUCCUUGUUAAUGGGAGUCCCAUAUCAGAUUAUGUGUGUGUGGCUCAGGAUUUCUAUCUUUUGGUCAGAAAAGUCAAAUACAAAACAAAUGACAUUUUUCAUCUUUUGCCUUCAAAUAGUUUCGUGUGCAUAGAUCUUGGGUCAUUUUCAACCUUUUGUUCUUGAACUUUUUUGUUUUGGGUAGUGGGGUUGAACCUCUCAAGAGUUGGUUGCUCUGGUGUAUAUCUGCUGGCUUGCAUGUACAGACACCUCCCUAAUCAACCCUCUUUCCACCAAUUCAAUGAUUACCUUUCUAGCAAGCGAUCCAUUUAUCCUAUGACGUUCUGAUAGCACAGAGGGAGUAAUUAGCUUGUAUUUGGCGGCAUCAGUGAGAAGCUUAUCGUAAG